UGUCAAUUUGAGCCUUGAGAUCCAUUUUUACCCUUUGAACUUGUUAUUCAAAACGACAAAUUUCACUCUUCUUCUUAUCUUUGGUGCACUACUCUUCUCAUCUCCAUGGCUGCGCCUCCUCUUCUGAAAACCUUGCCUCUCCUACGCCUUCGCAUCCGUCUAUGCCUUCAUCACCAUAAUUUUCUUACUUCCGCCAUUUUCCCACCUCUUCGUCUUCCUUUCUGUACAUCUGCUUCUUCUGGGUCCACUUGGUCGGAAGAGAAUGUUUUGUCUUCUGCCAGUGAACUCUUGAGGGUUAAAGAGCCUCCCAAGUUCUUUGAUAGAUUUGAUGAUCCUAGUUAUCGAAAAUGGAAAGAUAAAGAAGAUGAGAUUUUAAGGGAUAUUGAACCCAUUACUCUUCUCGCCAAAGAUAUUCUUCAUUCUGAUAGGUUUCUUUCUCUCCUCUUAUUAAAAUUUCCCAUUUGGUAUAUGGAUGGGGAACGCCUUGCACCUGAUGAGGAAAAAACUGUUAUUGAGAGGCUCCUUGCAUAUCAUCCGCAUUCUGUUGAUAAAAUUGGAUGUGGACUGGAUUCCAUAAUGGUUGAUAGGCAUCCCCAGUUUAGACAAUCGAGGUGUUUGUUUGUUGUAAGAACGGAUGGUGGAUGGAUUGACUUUUCCUACCAAAAAUGCAUACGAGAGUAUAUUCGAAAAAAAUACCCUUCCUAUGCUGAAAGGUUUAUUCGGGAACAUUUCAAGCGCAGCAGUGGGUAGUUGCUCAAGCCGUCUCUUGGUGCCAACAGUUUUUGCUAUUUGAACCCGAUAAUCAUGCAGCAGCAAUCAAGUUUUCAACCAAAUAUUCUUCAGUCCUUAAGUUGCCUCUUUCAUUGCUGCUUAUACAGUUUGCACGGAGCGCUUCUUAAUGUAGUCGAAAAUUCUUGAUUGUUAAGUAGCUAUGGCUACAAUUAUAUUGAUAAGAUAGAAAAAGAUCCAAGAGUUCCUUCAAUCUUGUAAUGUGGGUUCUUCUGGACAAUUUUUGUUCUGAAAGUCACAAGACUUGAUGUAAAUUCCAAGUUUCUGACCCCACUGGCCUGGCAGUAUGUGAAUGUACUGAACAUUAUCAUUUUUUUGCUGAUCUUAUCAAUGUACAUAUUAGGAAGUUGCCAA